CUUAGCUAAGGCUGAUCUUGGUACAAUAUGCGUUUUAUCAAGCAAUAGAGUCGCUUACUUAUAAAAAAACUAUCAUUAUUUCGCGAUGGAAAUUUUCAGGAAGCUAGUUUUGUUACUUUCCAGAAGAUUUCUUUAUAAAAUUCAUGAAGAAACUAGUAGUUUGAUAUCAAAAAAGUAACCGAAUUUUAUUUGAAAUCCCUAAAAAUUAGUCUUAUUCUAAAAUUUAGUUGGUGUGCCUAAGAUACAUUUAUCAAUUCUAAACAAAAAUUUUGAAAAAAUAUGCUAAUAUAUAAAUAAUACGUAUAAUAAUAGAUUUAUCUUACUAGUUAAGAAAUUAACUAAGUGCAGAGAUGGAUCAGAACAAACCACAGACGAUACGAAUUUUUUUAAAAACCUGUAUUGAAAACAAAGAUGAACUAGAAGAGAAGUUUGACCGCUGUUACAAUGUGUUGCAAAAUUUAUGUAUUGGAUUAUCUGAAAAGGAUAUUCAUGAUAAUCUUAAUAACGCCGUUUGUAAAGAUAAAACUCAUGAAGAAGUAUGUUUGGGACUUUUAACAAGUAUUUUGACAAAUCCUCAAGAUGCUGUUAAGAAUUAUAGAGAUUUAACUCUUGUCUCUCGUGAUGGGUUAGCUGUUGUAUUAAAUCAUCUUAAUCAAAUGGUUAUAGAAAAAUAUUUAAGAUUAAGUGAAAUUGUCAGAGGUCAAUUAUUUUGGAUUUUACGAGAAAUGAUAAGAACAAACAUUUCCAACACUGAUAAUAUUUGUUUAAGUCUAUUAAGAUAUGCUGCAGGUGGCGACACAUCUCAACGAAAUUUGUUUCUUAUAGAUGCAAUUUUAAAUAUUUUUCAAGAAAAUAGAUUGUGGUUGGAUAAAUUUCCGUUUCUUAUAGCUUCAACAGUUUAUACUUAUCUUCGGUUGAUAGAAGAUCAUAGUGCAGCUCAAUUGGCUAGCUUGAGACAGAAAGAAGUCACUUUUACCGUUUCAUUAUUACGAGAAAAAAUAACUGAAUGUCUGGUUAUUGGCAGAGAUCUUGUACGCCUAUUGCAAAAUGUGGCAAGAAUACCAGAGUUUGAACAGUUGUGGAAAGAUAUUCUAUUGUAUCCUAAGUCUUUAUCUCCAAAUUUUAGUGGAAUACUGCAAGUUUUACAAAUGCGAACAUCUAGAAGAUUUCUUCAGUUAAGGUUAACUCCUGACAUGGAACGAAAACUUGUGUUCUUGACUAGUCAAGUACGUUUUGGUAACCACAAGCGUUACCAAGAAUGGUUUCAAAGACAAUAUCUUGCUACACCCGAAUCCCAGACAUUAAGAUGUGAUUUGAUUAGAUUUAUUGUUGGUGUUAUACAUCCUACAAAUGAAUUGCUUUGCUCUGAUAUAAUACCUAGGUGGGCUGUAAUUGGAUGGCUCUUUACAACUUGUACACUACCUGUUGCAGCCAGCAAUGCAAAAUUAGCCUUAUUUUAUGAUUGGUUAUUUUUUGAACCAGAUAAAGAUAAUAUAAUGAAUAUAGAACCUGCGAUUUUAGUUAUGCAGAAUUCUAUGAGGUCACACCCUGCUGUAACAGCAACUUUAUUGGACUUCUUAUGCAGAAUAAUUCCAAAUUUUUAUCCAUCUUUAGAAGAAAAAGUAAAAAAUGGUAUAUUUUCUUCUCUUCGUCAAAUAUUAGAAAAACGAGUGCUUCCAAGUUUAUGUCCUUUGUUUGAUAGCCCAAAAUUAGAUCGGGAACUUCGAACUAAAAUAAGAGAAACUUUCAAGGAAUUUUGUUUUUCAUCCUACAAUGAAACAGGCAAAAUAGAUGAGCUUAAUAAAGAAAUAAGUUCUGAACACAUAUUUGAGAGUGCAGUAAAUGUUGACGAAAAUAAUCACACUGGGCUAACAGUGGAGCCAUCAUUUAGUGAUGAAGAAGAAGACGUGACAUUAAGGGCAAUUGAAAAAAAAGAAGCUUCUUUAGACUCAUUGGAAUUAAGGAAAAGUACCUUGAAACAUGUUAAUUAUAUAAAUAGAGAUGACAUCGUAACAAUAGGUAUUAAUUUAGAGCCAGAUAAGUUAAAAUCUGUUGUUGAAAAUUUAAUUGUAGAAUCUGACAAUGAAAUCAGAUGUCAGCUUAUGGAAAAAAUAGUACAAAUGAUUGUAGAAGAUGAAAUCGAUACAGAGAUUAUUCCAUUGGCAGCAUCUUAUCUUUCCAACGCAUUAUCAGUACAAAUAGAUGAAGAAAUUUUUCCAGGAGAGAGUCAAAACGACGAAUUUUAUAUGGAUAGCAUUAGCACACCGCUCUUUGUAAUGUUUAGAAAUCAAUUUCAGCUAUGCAAAGAAGAUGAUGGUAGAAAAAAACUGCUUUCAAGAUUUUUAGUUGAGUUGUUAUUAAUAAAGUCGAAAAUAGGAUACCUGCUUCUAUAUUUUUUGAAAGUUUGGAGUAAAGAAGAAGAAAAACGAGAAAGUGAACCAAGUAAUUCAUUAAACGAACUGAAAGCUUUGGUCUAUAAAGACUUCUGUUCACAAAGAGACGAAAAAUUUGAUGUUUGUCUUCUUUUGGAUUUAAAACAAUGUCAUGAAGAUAACAUUUCUAUGUUUUAUUUUCUGCUACCUGACAUCUUUACAGAAUUUCAAAAUGUAGCCCAAGGAAAUAUGCAACUUCUUUAUCUGAUUGUAUCUACUAUUGAUUCGAUACAAUUGCAAUCCUUAGUAUGUCAAAUCAUGCAAGGAUAUUUUCAAAUAUUAAAAAAAGAAUCUUUUACAUCUACAGUAACUUCGAGUUUGAAAUGGGAAACAUUCGAUCAAUACUGUUUUUGGCAGCUAGUAUAUGCGCAUGAUUUUCCUAUUGAUGUUAUUUUACUUGUUUUACCAAAAUUACAGUUUCGACAUCAUGCAGAAGCCCUAACGUCAAUUCUGCUCAUGUUAAAAAAAGAAAAGCCUAAUCAAGAAAUUUUAAAACAGCUUUUAUCACGGCAACAUAUUGAAAACGACAUGUUUGUCGUAGCAGUGCUUAAAUAUUGGUGUCGAGAGUAUGAAGAAAAGCUUAGUGAGUUGCUGUCAUCACUUUUAUGUACUAGAUACCCACCUUGCAGUCCAAAUAAACGUAAACGUUCGGCAGUCAAACAAAAUCAGUCUAAUUUACCUUCGGGAGAACAGUUACUAGGACAUCUAGAUCUUUUACGCCAAAGUUGCACAACUAUCCCAGAACUACAACUGUAUCAGUCAGAAAGUAUGCAAAAAGCGUUAUCGCAUGUACAGACUGUUUGCAAUGAUUCUAUAAGGAAAUGUUAUGGUGACUUGUUUGCCCUUACGGAAGUUAACGAAGACCAUGAUUUUUCCACUUCAGUAGCGAUAAGCACAAGAAAGAACACGCAUAUACAGCCCCUUUUAACUCACGCCAAAAGUAAUCACAGAAAAAAUUCUGCUAGAGAAAGGUCUACUUUAAAAAGAAUAAUGACCAAAGAUAAACAUACUGAAAGUAGUGAUCAGACAAGUGAAAUGAAAUCCACUAUUUGUCAAGCAGAAAAUAUUUUUUUACCAACAUUACCAAAAAGUGAAAGUAAUCAAGUGUGAUGAAAAAG